AUGGCUGAGGAAAAGAAACAUUCCAUGCGGUUUUCCAGCCCCGAGAAGAGGGGGUUCAGCGCAGCACAUUUGACCGGCGAGCACCCGGCGCGGAGACGGUCCCACCUCGGUGGGCGAUGGAGAAACCAACCUUACGGGAGACGACAGCUCUCGGUCGUGAGAAAUUGA